AUGCCUAGAUUUCCGGUCAACUUUCGGCGGAAAUCGCAAGUCACAGACGAACACAAUGGUCCGGUAGAACCAUCUUUCCGGGUCCUUGAGCGAACCGAUACAUCGCCCGGAAAGUCUUUUGAUGGAGGCGUAAGAAUGAUGAAAGCAGCAGGUGGCGCACCGAGGACAACACUGCAAGAAAUCCCGACGGAAGACAAUCUCUUUGUUGAUACAAAGCACAAUCGUGGCAGUGGUAGCUCCAACACAACCAAGGCGCCCUCGGACAAUUCCUCACGCCAUAGCAACGCCUCAACGGCACCGUCAUCAACGGAGUACGCUACUCAAGAGGAGCUGCGCAAUCCGGCGAGGAAGACACAUACCGAUGCGUCUCUCCCGCCGCCGCCGAGAUCUUCUGGCAGUGGUUUUCUCAAAAAUGCUGGGAGGACAUUUUCCUUUGGAAACAAAAAGAACAGCUUACCUUCAACACCGGUAGACCAACCUCCCGUUCCAGCGGUACCCGCGCGAUUCGACCCUGAGACCCCUGGUGGCCGUUCCCGUGCUCAGACAGCCUCGACUGUGGCCACAGCGACUCCGCCGCAGGUAGAAAAGGAUUUCAUGUUAGAUUUGGGCGGUGAUCUCAGCAACAUCCUCUCGGGAUUCAACAAGAGGACGAGUGUGGCAACGGUGAGGAACGAUUCGGGCCAGCCCGCACCGGCCUCACGUAAUCUCACCGGCAACCGGUCCAAUCAGCCAUCCGCUCUCCAUCUGGACCACUCAAGUGCGGUAGAACCGCCCAUGAAAUCAUGGACCAGCCAACGCUCCGACGACGGACUGCUCAGCUCCCGCCGAGGAGUAGCAUCUCCGCCGCCGGUGGCUGCUGAUGUGCCACCGCCUGUUCCCCGUCAUACUAUGAGUCCUGUGACACGUAGGAAAACACCCGAGGAAGACGAACAGUCUAAGCUCCUGAAGGAUUCUCUCGCCGCUACCCGCUUCUUGUCUAACGAGAAUACUACUGCCAUCAACUCGUCAAGAGGUUAUCGUAGAGACCAGGACACGGUUUCCGAUCUCAAGGAAACCUAUGGGAGGCCGUCUCGCUUCGACUCGAAACCAGACGAUGAGAACAUGUUUGACACGUCGUUCUCGCGUCCACGGCAAGCCACAAGGCCAACCAAUCGUGCGAAUGGCCCGUCACAAACCAAGGUCAUGACUCCGGACGAGUUUGAGAAGUAUCGCCAAGAUAAAUUGAGGCACAGCCAAAGCAGCCCGGACAAGGACGAUUCGGAUAACGAUGAAGAAGAGAAUUAUGAGGACGACGAGGAUGAGCGGGAAAAGACGCUCGAGCUGGCAAAGCAGAGACGCAAGCAGGAAGCUCACAUGACGGUCUACCGACAGCAAAUGAUGAAGGUGACUGGAGAACAGUCGCGGUCCAAUCUCGGCAUGUCAAUGAGCACGCCCAACCUGUUGACGGAUCAUAGCCAAGCCUCUGGUAUCUCUCCAUCUCCCCCGUCCGAUGGGUCCUCCGACGAGGACGUGCCGCUUGCAGUUCUUGCCGCGCAUGGCUUCCCCAACAAAAACCGAGCACCAACCCGUUUGGGCCAUAUGGCCUCCAACCCGAACCUGCGGGGGCUCAACCAGAACUCAUAUGUGCAAGGCUCUGGAUCUACCAACGGGGAUGCUGCAAAGAACCCUGGUCUUAUGCCUGCAUUUGCCAGACGACUGCCUCAAGAUCCCUUCUUGGGUGCUGGCUUGAUCAAUCAGCCUCCUCGCGACGCUUUCGCUCUUGGUGGGGGUACACCUGCUCCUCAGAACAGGGCAAUGCCCGUGGGCGGACUCGUUGGUGUCAUCGCCAUCGAAGAAAGAGCAAAGGCUUUGCGACGCGGCAGCCCGAAUAUGGAAGCGGCUAACAAUGGACUGCCGGCACAAAUGCAGAUGCCUAUGAAUGGUUUCGAUCCGAUGGCGCAAAUCCCGCCACAGAUGAUGUACCCACAACAGCCUAUGCUGACACCUGGUGAUCAAGCACAGAUUCAAAUGACUCAGCAGAUGCAGCAAUUCAUGCAGAUGCAGAUGCAAUUCAUGCAAAUGAUGUCGGGGCAAGGCCAAGGCCCGUCCCAGAUGCAGAUGCCCAUGCAAAUGCAAAUGCCUGAUCAGGGCGGUCGUCCUAUGAGCCACAUGCCAAAUCAGCCAAUUGGUUCCAUGGUGGAUGUGCGACAAUCGUUCUUGGGCGACCCGAUGACGAUGGGAAUGGGCAACGGGAUGAACCUCGAGCCCCCGAGAGGAGCUGAUCACAUGCGCACUAUGAGUAUGGUCCAGCCAAGCUCCGCCUCCUGGAUUCAGCCCAUGCAGGGUGGAUAUGGAGCACCGUCAAUCCGCCUCCAAGGCGGCGGAUAUGCACCCUCGAUUGCUCCUUCCGAGCGCAGCAACAUCGGGCUUCCUGGGCGAUACCGCCCAGUCUCCAACCUAACCCCGCUAGAUGGUGCAGGCUCCAGGUCGAACACAAUGUCGGGUGCACUGCCAACGUUGUCCAAACUGCAAGCUGAAAUUAAGACGUCUCCGCUUGCUAAUGACGACGACGACGACGACGAAGAGGGAUGGGCGGCCAUGAAGGCGAAGCGUGAGAAGAAGAAGACCAGCUGGCGCACGAAGAAAGAGUUUGGUUCCGAGCUUGGUGCUCUAAUCAGCUAA